AUGCAGACCAAGCGGUUCUUGGGCCUUAAUGGCACCAAGCUUCAGAUCGCCAUUGGCAUUCUGGCCGGCAUGGACUUUUUGCUCUUCGGUUACGACCAAGGUGUAACUGGUGGCUUGCUUACGCUCACAUCUUUCAACAAGUACUUCCCUUCGAUCAACACGUUGGAUUCAUAUACCGAAGGAUGGACACAAGCAGAGAAGAACAACCAAUCGACACGGCAGGGUAUCACAGUUGCAGCAUACAACUUGGGAUGUUUCGCCGGCUCAAUUCCCACGAUUUGGAUUGGUAACAUCUUAGGUCGUCGCAAGGCUAUCUUUGUUGGAUCCUUCAUCAUGUGUAUCGGUGCUAUCCUGCAAUGUACUUCUUAUGGGCUUGCUCAGCUGGUUGUAGGCCGAUUGGUCACUGGUUUCGGCAAUGGCAUCAAUACCUCCACUGUCCCUACGUGGCAAUCCGAAUGCUGCAAGUCUCACCGACGAGGCCAGAUGGUCAUGAUCGAAGGUGCCAUGAUCACUUGCGGUAUCACCAUCAGUUACUGGAUUGAUUUCGGGUUGAUGUUUGCCGACCCCAACGAAGUUGCCUGGCGAUUCCCGUUGGCUUUCCAGAUCUUCUUUGCGGCCAUUAUCUUAGUAUUUGUCAUGUUCCUACCUGAGUCGCCCCGUUGGCUCAUCUUGAAGGGUCGGGAGGAGGAAGCAAAGGAAGUCCUGGCGUGCUUGAUGGGCGACGAGACCGAUGAGCUGUUCAUUGACACCGAGUUCACCGCUAUCAAGGCUACCGUCCUGGAGAUGGCAAAGGGGUCGUUCCGGGAUAUGUUCACCAUGGGCGAAGACCGUCACUUCCACCGUACUAUGUUGGCCUACGUCAACCAGAUGUUCCAGCAGAUCUCCGGUAUCAACUUGAUCACUUACUAUAUCCCAACUCUCCUGGAAUCCAACGUCGGACUGGAUGCCACAACUUCGCGUCUUAUCGCUGCCUGCAACGGAACUGAGUAUUUCAUCGCCUCUUGGAUCGCUGUGUUCACCGUCGAAAAGUUUGGACGUCGGUCACUCAUGCUCUUUGGUGCAGUCGGGAUGUCCAUUUCCAUGGCUGUUCUGGCCAUCUCUGACAGUAUUUCCUCGACCCACAAGCAAUCCUCUACCGGUGUCAAGGCUGGCGUUGCCCAAACAGUCUUCCUGUUCGUGUUCAACACUUUCUUUGCCAUCGGCUGGCUCGGCAUGACUUGGCUGUACCCUGCCGAGAUUGUCCCAUUGAAGAUUCGUGCCCCGGCCAACGCACUGUCCACUUCUUCCAACUGGAUUUGGAACUUCAUGGUUGUUAUGAUUACCCCUGUGGCUUUCCAGAGCAUUGGCUACAAGACCUACGUCAUUUUUGCCGUAAUUAACGCUGCCAUCGUACCUGUCGUCUACUUCUUCUUCCCAGAAACCACCAUGCGUUCCCUGGAAGAGAUGGACCGCAUCUUCCGCAAGACUACAAAUGUCUUCAAUGUGGUUUCGGUUGCCCGCACCGAGCCCCAUAUGUAUGGUUCGAAUGGUGAACUCUUGCGUACUCUGGAUGAUGUCGAGGAUAAUGCCGUCCGUCGCGCCAGUAUGCUGAAUAGGGAGAACAAGACUCACGCCCAGAGUCAAACACAGCACGCGGAGAAGUACAGUGACGGAAAUACCAGUGAGGAGAGAUCUGUUUGA